AACAGCAACUUGGUUUUAAGUUAAAGUAUUAUGUAGGCUGGGAACUCCAACUUGGUUGCAGACCCCAACACUGUAAACCUGCUGUAGUUUUAUCGAACAGGUGGUGUGCACAUUCAGACCCAAUGAAACGCAACAAAGCAACGAUCUUGACAUUCGCUGAGAAAUGCAAGAAUAUAUUGGCAUCAAACUGGCAAGGUUCCCUUAACACUAUCAAAGCAGAUGCCAAAGGAAGCAAGGGGGGUAUCCAUACAUCUAAGGUCAAGUACAUAGUUAGAAGGGGGCAGCCAUACCUUUGGGUUCCAGAAAACGAUUUGCAUAAUGUGAACACAAUCAUUGAUGAGCGUGGUUCAUUUGCUGUGACCAGCCCCUUUCCAGGUCCACUAGGAGUCUUAUUGAAAUCAUUGAAAAAGUUACCAGUACGGAUUGCUUUAUCUGGGGAUGUUCUUCCUCUUAAAGAAGAUAAGGCUAAGUCUCUCGCAGAUAAACUUCAGGAAGUCAUACUAUCUGAGCAAAAAGCAAUCAAAGAGUUCACUUACACUGUUUCUGGAGUACUAAGUUCUAGUGCUAGCAGUACAUCACGAAGUGAUAAUCUUCAGGAUCUGUUGGGAGACAAUGAAAAAUACACCAUAUAUAGGUUUAAAACGAGAUCUUGCACAUUUGUUGAUGGCCUUGGAGGCACUUUUGACGUGGAUAUUGAAGAUUUGGAAACAUCCAGAGCUGAUCCAUUAGCACCAUUUUCAGCAAAGAUUAUUGAUGGGAUUAACCAAAGUGAGGCUAGACAUACAGCACUCAUGCUUUUUUGUUUUGUUCACAAGGAUGCUAAUACAAAGGAUGCAUACAUGACAUCGAUUGAUCGCAAGGGAUUCGAUGUCCUGGCAAAAGUUACUAGUCCUUUGAAGGAUGGCAUUGGUGGCUACCAAUGGAAAGAAUUCAGGUUCAUGUUCAAGGAAGAGGCAAACGAUGUUGAAAUGUUCUGUAGUCAACUAGUCGAAAUGGAAGAGGAGGUCAUCAAUAAGGUUUCAACCUCUAGUGGACUAAAAUAGAAAUGAGAAUGAUCUUGGUCGGAUCUUUUUUUUUUGGUAUAUUUUUUUUGUCAAGUCUAGGGAAAUGUAUGUUUAGUUUUUUUAACCUUGUACUUUCUAUGUUUUUCUUGAUCAAGUAUUACUGUACAAGGCUGUCACUUUUGGUAUAAUGCACUCUCAAAUAUUAAAUUUACCUUUAGGCUCA